GAUCGGCCGCCCGUUCGCCAGGGAGGAACCAGACGACGACUCUGCGGCAGACGCCGCGCGCAAGGCAGCACAGGCCUGGCGCGAGGGCGGCGACAUCGAGGGCGCCAAGCUGCUGGGGCCCAAGUUGCCCAGCGCCAGCGCCGCCGCCGAGUCCCCGCACAAACGCAUCAGCAAGCAGCUUGAGGACGCAGCAGCAGCCCCACGCCGCCUCGACGCCCAGCAGCAGCGACUCCGAGAUCAAGUGCAACGCGCAGCAGAUUGGGAGGCCCAAUUGGUGGCCAAGCUUUUGACGAACAUCGAAGAACACGCCGCAGCUGCUGCUGAAGUGGAACGACUUCCCGAGUGCCUACGACCAGCUCAGAGGUUCAGGCUGAAGGCCAAGCGGAGUCCCCAGAUGAUGCAUUUCCCGAUCUGGAAGAAGGCGACUUGGCUCUACUGGACCCGAGCGAACGCCAAGCAUAAGAACAAGCCAAACAAGUACAUCAUCAAGCACGCGAAGCUCUGGAAACACAGCGCAAGAUUGGCCAGCAAGCUCAAGAUGCCGCCCAAGCAGCCAAGAGAGAACAUCGCGACGAAGAAGAGACGUGGCGGCGAAGGCCUCCUAAGGGACAGGGCAAAGGGCAGAAGCCGCCACCUUCUUUUAAACCGCGUGCGCCUGGCCCACCGCGACCUGAAGAUCCUCGUCGCCAACGCCGGCAACUUCCCCCGCGUCGUCCGCGAGUAUUGCCGAGACGCGCAGUACGACUUCAUGGGGUUCCUCGAGGCACACCUGCCAGGCAAGCAGCUGGAGGACGAGCAGAAACACCUGCGCGGCAUGGGAUGGCAGUUCAACACCUUCCCCCACCUCACGCCAAAGAACGGCAGCGACGUGCUCAAGAUGCAGCUCCGCGACACGGCGGUCACCAUGGUUCGGUUGAAGCAGGUCACGGCCGCGCUCAUCGCCAUCUACCUAACCUCGGACGCGAAGCACCUCGAGCACCCUGCCAACGUCGGCAAGCGAUCGCGCCUCCUUGCCUUGGCGCAAAUGCUCAAGACGCCCCGGGUGGCCUUUGGCGACUACAGCUGCACGCCGCAGCAGUUUCAGGCUUCUCGAUGGCACCAAGCCUUCAACGCAGAGUACCUCAUCCCGAACUGUUCCUUCACGCGCGGAGGAAGCUCAGGGCGCAUGCUUGAUUGGGGCAUCUGCUCAGCAUCAUUCCCCCCGCUGGUCAAGGCGGUCGAGCCAGUAUACACCAUUCCGUGGCCACCGCAUGCGGGCAUCGAGCUGACGCCCCAUUCCAGACCAGCGGCGAUAACCUGCACGGGGCCCCAACUGCCAGCAGCGAUCGAAGUGCCCAACCACGACGUGAAGAUCCCCAAGGGCGUCAAGAGGAAGCAGAGAGACCGCCAACGCCACGCCCAGCUCCACCACACCGAGCAGGGCGAACCGCUGGAGCCAGGCACGGACAUCCACGACCACCUCCUCCUCGAGCACUACACCAAGAAGACCACCUGCCGCGUCACAGACGAGAACUGGAUCGCCGCCAAAGCGAGGGUAGCCAACAUCCCCCUCGUCGAAGCCAACAGCGAGACCCAGCAAUGCGUUGCCUACCAGGUGAACCCAGCAGCAGCACAACGUUUGGCAGAUAAGUACGGUAGAUGGGCAAUGGCAGCGGGAGUAUUUUUCCUGGACAUGACGGACGAUGAACCAUCAGCGAACAA